GCAGAUCUGGGACAAGAAGGUGCGGAAUGGCCAUAUUAAAAGAAUCACCGAUAACGAUAUCCAGUCCCUGGUGCUGGAGAUUGAAGGCACCAACGUCAGUACCACGUACAUCACCUGCCCUGCCGACCCGAAGAAGACGCUGGGCAUCAAACUGCCCUUCCUGGUGAUGAUCAUCAAGAACCUGAAGAAAUACUUCACCUUUGAAGUACAGGUGCUGGAUGACAAGAACGUGCGCAGGCGCUUCCGGGCUAGCAACUACCAGAGCACAACCCGGGUGAAGCCCUUCAUCUGCACCAUGCCCAUGCGGCUGGAUGACGGCUGGAACCAGAUUCAGUUCAACCUGUCGGAUUUCACGCGCCGUGCCUACGGCACCAACUAUAUCGAGACCCUGAGGGUCCAGAUCCACGCGAACUGUCGCAUCCGCCGGGUGUAUUUCUCUGACCGGCUCUACUCGGAGGACGAGCUUCCGGCUGAGUUCAGGCUGUACCUCCCCGUUCAGAACAAGGCCAAGCAGUAAACUGCGUUGGAAAGAAACAGGAAGACCGUGCCAUGGCUCGGUAGAACCAUGAAGACCGUGAUGGAGAAUGUUCUAAUGAAACACAAUUAGCUAAAUUCACUCUGCAUAGGGUAACUAUUGAAUCAUUUGGUAUCCCCUUUUCUGGGCAGGACACAACUAACCAUGUAAUAAUCCUGGAAUCGCAUUGUACGUUCAUAAGUAGCACAGAAUCAGAGUAUUUAUCUGGCUCUUCCUAAAAGCUGAGUCUAAACCCUGCCAGUGAUGUGGUACCUCUUUGCCUCACUCGGGGGAACUACCCAGUAUGUGAGAGCUGUGUGUCUGCGGGGGGGUUGUCUGGUGUGGAAUUACAGGGUUAAGUGUGCCCUCUCAAAGAUACCAAUGUGUUUUUUCUUUCCUGGUUUGCCAUCUUUGUUUUAUAUGUGCUCUAAGUAUGGAUGUAAUACUCACACGUUAAAAGUUAUUAAACAUUUGAUUCUGUUUGUAAA